AUGGCCUGCUGUGGAGAGAGGGAAAAGGGAAGUCCAGUUGCCCUGGAGGAACAGUGGGAUUAUGUGAACCUCGAUGACUUUAAAUCGGAGUCCUGUCUCUCGCCAUUCUCCUAUUUCUUUCUUGUUGUCCUCCUCUUCGUUUCAAUCGCUGUAUACGGGGUGGAUACUUUUACCGCCGUCACUCUCCUGGCGUUCUCGCGAUGGGCAGGACAGAUCGAGCCCGCUAUUCCUUUUGAAAUUUCGCGAUGGAUUUUCGCUGUCUGUAUUUUAUUUUCCUUUGCUCUUUUGGGCUAUAGAUGGCUACGUGCGAUCCGUGCUAUCCGGUCUGGGAGUAUCGCACAGAGUUAUUUGGAUUCUCUUGCUGCUCGUGUUCAAAGCGUUCGCGUCGGUAGCCAUGGACGUGGCUGGAGGAGAUUUCUUGUCUUUGCUGAACUUACCAAGAGUAAGAAGGGCGCUGAAUACGUAGCCUUGUUUGCUUAUUUUUCCUUUGAAAGUUGGAUGAACACUCUUCUUGCGGAUGGACCACGACAGGUUGUUAAUGCAAUUACACUAUAUUCAGUGAUGCGCAUGGACCUUCUUCCUGGAGGCGAAAACGCGGUUGAGGAGAAGAACAAAGCCGCAAUCCUGCAGUUCUUCGACAAUGUUCGGAUUCUUGCAGAAGAGAACAACCUUCGUGCCCUGGUCUUGGCCGGUAUGCUCUUCACUCUUUUCAUUUGGGUGUUGUCGAUUAUCAAGCUGGCGCUCGCGAUCAUUCUCUAUCUUAUAUUUUUAUUCCACCAUAUUCCAUCGGAAGAUGGCACAUUAAAGGCGUAUUGUCGCCGCAAGAUCAACUCUCGGUUGACGCGAAUUGUUCGACGCAAGGUCAAUAAAGCCCUGGCAAAGGGAGUCGCUUUGAAGGACCGGACUCCUACGAAUCCUAAUCUCGCGGUAGAUCGCAACCCCACCCUGCCGACAUUCGGGGACGGUGACAAAACCCCUAUUGUAUCGACCAUUUCGCGCUCCACGACUCAGACAACUUUAGCUACGCUCCCACCAAGCUCUUCACAUCCAGGAACCGCCGCCCUUCAAGAGCGCGAACCUACACUUCCGGAUCUCGGAGCGGUUUCUGACAAGCUAAUGCUUACCCGAACGGCAACCCAAUCCUCAGCUUAUUCAGAAUCGGUAUCAUUGUCUGGGACAACUGCGGCCUCCGCAUACAGCCCACUAGAUCGGCAAACAUCGCCCGCUCCACCGGUCCCUCCUCUUCCUAAUAUUGCGGCAUUCCCCGCAAGCCGCUCACAAACGCCGAUGUCCCGAUCAACCUGCACUCCCGCUCCUUCUGUAGCUCGCGGACCUCCCAGCCGCAUGGGCUCCGCGGCUGGAUCACGGCACCCCAUGGAAAGACCCGACCCGUACAGUCCUGAAGGUUACGACGAUCCACGGUCAGGAACACCUUUCGGUCCUUACAGCCCGGCUGUGGACCCAUACACAAGAAGUAUGACACCAGGGACUGCCAUAUCUCCUGAUACGGCCCCUAAUCGAAUCCUUUCUCCUACCGGCUACAACACUCGUCGGCCACCUCCUACUGCAUACCCCCAACGCUCUUUUACACCUGGAGGCCAAGCGAUGGAUCGGGGUUCCCCUGCCUACUAUCCAAAUGAAGAAGAACCAACCCGCACUUUCUCUCCUUUCAACCCAAUCAAUACUCGUCAGCCACCUCCUGCUGCAUACCCUCAACGCUCUUUUACCCCAGCAGGUCAACCUGCAGAUCACGGCUCACUAGUCUACUCAAAUGAGGAGCAACCUAACCGCACUUUCUCUCCUUUCAACCCAAUCAAUACUCGUCAGCCACCUCCUGCUGCAUACCCCCAACGCUCUUUUACCCCGGCAGGUCACCCUGUAGAUCACGGCUCACCAGUCUACUCAAAUGAGGAGCAACCCAACCGCACUUUCUCUCCUUUCAACCCAAUCAAUACUCGUCAGCCACCUCCUGCUGCAUACCCUCAACGCUCUUUUACACCAGCAGGCCAAUUUGCAGAUCAAGGCUCACCAGUCUACUCAAAUGAGGAGCAACCCAGCCGCACUUUCUCACCCGUGAGCUCACGCGCAAUCCCACGACCACAAGACGGAUAUGCAGCGUUUAAUCCUGCUGCCAGAAACACCCCUGCACCACGUGGUGGGCCAGGCUACGUUGCCUCGAGCGAGUAUGAUGGAGAGCCUCCAGGUCCGGCAUAUUCUUCGCCAUCAUACACCCCUCAACCAACGCCCCAUCGCCAAGACCACUAG